CUGUCACCGAUCAGUCUUGCGCCGAGUGCAACCAGUGAGUGUGUCACAGUGUCUGUGUAGAAGAAUAAUAAUAAUAAUCAUUUUUUAAACAAAUCUCGAAAAUCGCCGCCGUUCGGCUGUUGGAUAUAUCGUCUCGAGUCGGUUUUAGACCCGCGUUUAUAUAGUAUAUUAUAUAUCGAACACUACACAGACGACGACAUAUCAUCCAUCAUCAUGAUCCGCCGUCAAGUUUUCAUCGCAAUCGCCGUGUUCGGCUGUCUGGCGCUGUUGCCGAAAUCGGGACAAGCCGUCAACUGUUGGGUGUGUUCCACCGACACGGAUCCUCGUUGUGGAAACCCUUUCAACAUGUCCAGAGGAGCGUUGGAAGACUGUAGCAGGGCACCGCAUUCGGCGUUUUUGCAGCCUGUAUGCAAGAAACAAGUACAGCGAGUCAACGGCGAAUUGGUCAUCAUGCGGUCGUGCGCUUGGUCGGCCGACAGCCGCAACGACGACGGCCCUUGCGCCAUCAACACACCGGCGCACAUCCGCAUCGAACACUGCAGCACAUGCGACCAAGACUAUUGCAACGCUGCCACAGACGUCGGAAGCACGGUGUUCCUGUCCUCGAUAAUGGCCUUAUCGGUGAAACUCAUUCCCCGACUGUUCUGAUAACCCCCCCCCCCCCGAAAGAAAUGCAUAUCCUAUUAUUAAUUGUCGAAUU